GAACACACUGUUUCGUUUUCGAUUUUUGAUGAAGAGCUUUAUGCUGUCUGCAACUUAAAUUUAGCCCAACGUAUUAAAAGACAAUGAGCGACUUUCAGAUCAAUCCCUUGGUUCUGAUUGGAGUUGGUUCCAGCUUUGCCUUCUCUGGUUUGUUUUAUCACUUAUAUAAAGAAAAGAAGGAGGAGAUUCGAAAAAUGCAGGAGAUUCCAACUUUUAGACCAGACCAACACUUGGUAAGACUACUGAAGGCAUCCCCUCACAAACGACUGCAGUAUGUGGCAAUAGAAGGGCUGGUCCAGGCAGAAGGUGAACCGCUGACUAGUCAGUUCGUCCCACGGUGCUAUGGUGUGCUCCAGAGGCUUUCUAUUCAGGAACACUCGAAAGUAUGGAACUCCCUCACCAAAACAUGGAACUCCAGACAGAGGAACAAAAAGGAGACCAACAACGCAGUUCCCUUCUGCCUGGUGUGCCCCGGAGCGUACAUCAACGACCUGUACGUGAAGGUUCAGGCACCACUACAGGCCUCUGGUUGCUACCUGGAGCGGGUCUACCACCGAGUCCGGCACGCGGAGGAGGGCCUGGUGGACAUGAUGGUUCAGGGCCUCAGUGGUGAGAAGCCUGUGGCCCAGGAGGAAACAGAGGAGCUGCUCCGUGUCGGGAGCACCCUGACAGGGUUUGGGGAGGUGGUGCUGGAGGGGGGGCAAGUGAUGAGGCUGCAGGCUCCGCAAGGUGGCCGUCAAUACAUGUUGGUGCCAACUGACUAUAAGAGCUUCAUGGAUAGACAUGAGAGCUCGGCCACCAUGUGGAAGGGACUGACUGUAGCUUGUGGGAUCUCAGGUGCCUCUCUGUUGUUUGGCAUGCUCCACAGCUUGUUUGGAGAAAGGGGCAGAAAGAGAGAGUAGGUGUACUUGUGACGUGGUGGUUAUCCACCUACUGUAACAACUGGGAUGAUUACAGUUUGUAAACCAUGCCGACCUAAUUAAGUUUCUAUGCUAUUGCCUCAAAUUGUGUUAAUAUGUGAAUUACUAUGUUGUCUGCUCCCUCAAAUGGACAGAAUACC